AAAAAAAAAAAAAAAAACCAAAUGCCCCUCACCCCUCGGAUCGGCGAACGCCGCUCCUAUGACGGCGCGCUCUGCACGGUGAGAUACAUCGGCGAGGUCGCGGGGACGACGGGCUCAUGGCUCGGCGUUGAAUGGGACGACCCUUCGCGCGGCAAACACGACGGCCAGCACAAGGGCGUCCGGUAUUUUUCCUGCACAUCCAAGUCCCCCAAUGCUGCGUCUUUCGUGCGCCCUACGCGUGCGGCGGAUCCCCCUCAAACCUUCCUCUCUGCCUUGCAACACAAAUACGCCGGCGGCCCGGCAGAGGAUCAGGCCCCGGCGAGACAGAUCAAGUUCUCGGGCAAGGUCGCCGAGGAGGUCGGUUUCGACAAGAUCCGUCGCCAGCAGGCCCAGCUACACGAACUGCAAUUCGUCAUCCUCGAUGGCCUGCAAGUGGCCCACGCGACGGACCCCGAGGCCAAGGACGGCCACCAGUCCAUCGCCCAGGUCUGUCCAAAGGUGAAGGAGCUGGACCUGAGCAGGAACCUGUUUGAGCGUUUCGGUCCCGUCGUGGACAUCUGCGCCGAGCUCAAACAACUACGGAGCUUGAGGGUCAAUGGGAACCGGUUCCGGGACGUGCUCGACGACGACGUUCUGGAAGCAGCCGGCGAUGCCUUCCACGGAGUUACGGAGCUCGCCCUGGAGGACACCCUUCUCUCAUGGCACGAGAUAUGCCACAUCGCGUCCAAGUUCCCGUCACUCACCACCCUCCACGCCGGCUCCAACCAGCUUACGGCCCUCGCGCCUAUCCCGCCGGCGCCAUUCACCACUACCCUCACCUCCCUGCACCUGGAAUUCAACGACUUCACCUCUCUCUCCGAACUCGCUCCGCUCGCCUCCAUCUCCACGCUCCGCAACCUCCUCCUCAAGGGCAACCGCAUCUCCACCAUCAGCCCGCCUUCUACCCCGGCGCCGGUGUUCGGGGCCCAGUUACACCAUCUCGACCUCUCCUACAACUUGAUAACGUCCUGGUCCUUCAUCGACGCCCUCCCCUCCGCCUUCCCGGGCCUCACCUCCCUCCGGAUAACACACGACCCGCUCUACUCGGACCCAGACAUGGACGAAACGGCCGCCGCAUUACCAGAAGAGAACUCAGCCCUCUCCCCCGCAACCCAGCGCAUCACAUCCGCCACCGCCCCGGGGGCCAAGAAGACAGAAGAGGCCUACAUGCUCACCCUCGCCCGCCUCCCCUCCCUGCGGAUCCUCAACUUCAGCACCAUCACCCCGGCCGACCGCGCCGACGCCGAGAUGUUCUACCUCUCGCGCAUCGCCCGCCAGCUCGCCUCCGUCCCCGAGAGCGGCGAGGCCGCCGUGCUGCGCCGCCAUCGCCGGUGGGCCGAGCUCUGCGAGACCUACGGCGAGCCCGCGGUCGUGCGGCGGACCGGGCGCGACGCGCUGGAUCCCGGAUUCUUGGAAGCGAGGCUGAUCAGGGCGGAGUUUUAUCUGUGUUCCCCUCCUGGUGGUCGAGCAGCGGAGGGGCCGGAGAGGGGAGACGGGAAGGAGGAGAAAGAGGAGAAGAGGGUGGCCGUCGUGGAGGUGCCGAGAUCGUUGGAUAUCUAUGCCGUCAAGGGCUUGGUUGGGAGGCUGUUCGGGCUGAAGCCGUUGGGUUUGAGGUUGGUGUGGGAGACGGGCGAGUGGGAUCCCGUAGGCGGGUUCGACGAGGACCGGGAGGGCGCGACGAGCGAGGGCGAACAGGAGGAGGAGGAUCUCGAGGCGGAGUGGGAGAGGACCCAAGGGGAGGGAGGGGAGCUGCCGUCCGGGUUGGGGACGAGGAGGGGCAGGUGGGUGAAGCGUGAGGUGGAGCUGAGGGACGGACCGAGACAGUUUGGGUAUUGUGUCGACGGCUCGGAAGUAAGGAUCAGGGUGGAGAGGAGGUAGUUGCCCUGAUUCCUCCCCCCCCC